AUGGGAGAAGAAAACAGCAACGCUCAAGACGCCCUCGCUCAACUCAUGAGUGCUAUGAGGGAAGAAAUGAAAACGUUAAGACAAGAGCUUGGGGAUAGGAUAGCUCGUGUGGAACAAGCCCCACGAGCACCAAUGCAACCUAUUCGUAAUUAUGGAGGUAUUGGUUCCGGCUCAACCUUUAGAGCACCACAGCUUGUUGGAGCAGCACCGAGAGACAGUGGGGUUCGUAUCAAUGAAACCUCUGCCUAA